AUGUCAGCCCACCUUGCCUCCCCUGGCCAGUCUGUACCCUGGAAGUAUGCAACCCCUGCAUCUGAAGGCAUUUCCUCCGGAUCACUAAAACCGUAUGAUGUACUGCCUGUGUUCUGUGAUCAGGAGGAAGAAAAACGUGUGUCACAUGGUGGGACCAUGCCUCAUUUAACUGAGCUAUAUAAGGACGUUCCCUCCACAUGUUGGCCAAUUGUUUAUUCUUCUGCUUACAAUAUAACAUUUAUGGGACUUGAGAAGCUACAUCAUUUGAUUCAGGAAAUGGGGAAAGUUAUCAAUUUUCUUAAAGUUACAGAUGAAUCAAUUGUGACCUGCAAAGAAGCUACAGAAGAGGAUCUAUCGGUAGUACACACAAGACGCUACUUGAAUAAACUCAAGUGGUCUUAUGUGGUAGCUACCAUCACAGAGAUACCGCCCCUUUUCCUGCUUCCUAACUUUCUUGUUCAAAGGAAUGUACUUAAACCCUUAAGGACGCAAACUGGAGGAACAAUAAUGGCUGGAAAACUUGCACUUGAAAGAGGCUGGGCCAUUAAUAUUGGUGGUGGUUUUCAUCAUUGCUCUAGUGAAAAAGGAGGAGGAUUUUGUGCAUAUGCUGAUAUUACAUUGGCAAUCAAGUUUAUGUUCGAGCGAGUUGAAGGUGUAACAAAAGCAACUAUUAUAGACCUUGACGCACAUCAGGGAAAUGGACAUGAGAGAGACUUUCUUGACGAUUCAAGGGUGUACAUUAUGGAUGUUUACAACCGCUACAUUUAUCCUGGUGAUACAAUGGCAAAAAAAGCAAUAAAAAGGAAGAUUGAGUUGGACUGGGGUACAGAAGAUAAAGAAUAUCUAGAGAAAGUAGAAAAACACGUAAGAGGAGCUCUAAAUGAAAAGAAACCUGAUGUAAUUGUGUACAACGCUGGGACAGAUAUUUUGGAUGGAGAUCCACUUGGAGGCCUUUCAAUUUCUCCUCAGGGUAUUAUAAAAAGAGAUGAAAUUGUGUUUUCUAUAGCCAAAAGUUAUCAUGUUCCUAUACUGAUGGUCACGUCUGGAGGCUACCAGAAAAGAACUGCGCGGAUAAUUGCAGACUCCAUUCUCAAUCUGCACAACCUUGGGCUUAUCGAUAAAACCUUAGCUACCAGAGAAAUGGACAAUGCAAACAUAGAACUGAUGAUAAAGAGUUAAGAUGACCUCUUACAGCACCUUUUCUGAACAAUUUAAAGGGACAUUAAACUCAAAAUGUAAUUCCCCAUAAGGGACCAGAUUACAAUUGCCGCGCUAAAUGAUUUUAGUAUUACAAGAUGAAAGUAAAUUGUUUGAGCUAGAGCGAAAGGUGACACACUAACAUCUGGACUUAACUUCUUCUGCCCAUAGACUUUAAUCAAGCACGCUAAAGAAAAAAAAUCUAACACUUAUUACUCGCACGCUACCCCGACACUGCAUUAGACCAACUGCACUAACCCCAAAGGUAGUUAUGCAUAAAACAUUCCAAUCUUCUUCACUUAGAAGAGAAUGUUCUUUUUAUUUUUUAAAUAUAUAUAUUUAUGUAUAUACCUGAUUAUUUUUUUUGUAAAAUACAUAUCUAUAUAUCUAUAUGAAUAUAUACAGGUAAAGAUUCAGCUGCCUUCAUCAGAGUGUGAAGGCGGCUGAAUCAUUGUGGACGUAUACCGAGGGUAGGAGUUUCUUCCUUGAGCACUGCUCUGUGUUCGUUUGACCAUAGAUAUAUACAUAUAUGUAAAAAAUAUCUAUUUAAAAAUACAAAGAACAUUUUCUUCUAAGUGAAAAACAUUGGAAUGUAAAAUAUUUACAGUAUAAACACAUUAAAACACAUUAUUACAUUUAAAAAAAAUUAAUACAAAUGAUUGACAUGUUUAAAGUUAUUUGAGU